AUGACGAAAUCCUCCUCCCUUCCUCUCACAAAAGCCUCAACUGGUGGAUCCCACCCCUCUCCCUCCCAACCCGCCUCCGGCAGACUCGUCUACCACCAAAACUGGCGCUCCCCUCUCCCUCUCCAACUCGCUCGCCCCCAUCGGUUAUACAACCGUGCCUCCUCCGAUCCCCUCGACCCUCAUGUGCUCUUCGACCUCUUCGAUGACUGCAUGGCCUCGCACCGCUGGACCAAGGUCAAGUGCCUCUUCGAGACCUGGGUCCGCGCCCUCGACAAGAAUGGCAAACUUAACAGCCCCGACGUCAACCUCUUCAACCACUACCUCCGCGCCAACCUUAUGCUGGGCGCCUCCGCCACCGACCUCGUUGCGCAGAUGGAUGAGUUCCGUCCAGCACAACACGGCGUCGUUUAA